GCAGCUAUUACACUCUUAACGCAAUGAAGCAAAAGCUCCCCCGCGCCCCUCUAUAUGGGCGGCGGUCCGACCUGGUUGGGGACUGCAGCAAGGGGCCGGGCCGGGGCGGGCUCUUCGCGCGCCCUUCCCCCCCGGGCCGGGUCUUUGGCGCCAUCGCUCCCGCCGAAACCGCGCCCAGCCAGGACCGGCCCCGCCCCGGAGGCCAAGCCCGGCUCGGCUCGGGAGCGGGUCCCGGCCCGGUCCCCCCGUUCCCGCCGCUCUCGGCCCGGCUGCCCGGCCCCCCCGGCGGGGCGCUCGGUGCCGGUAGGGAGCGGGGCUCCGGCGGCCGCGGGGCUGCAGCAAAGCCCGGCCAAUGGCGGCGGCGGGGCCGGCAGAGCCGCGUUCCUCCCGCGCUCCGCCGCCGCCAUCGAGCUGCGCCCCGGCAAAGGGCCCGGGCAGGCAGGGGAGAGAGAGUGGGCGCCGCUGUCCCGCUUCUACGAUAGGUGGGCUGAGCCUAUACAAGAAACCUUUCUCCUCCAAUACCAGGUAAGUCCAGUCUUUGGAUAGUCCUUAAGGUUUCCAAAAGGAAAUAGCAUCAAUCAUGUUUUCUUCUUGAACAAUGAUGUCAUAUUAACAAGAAAACAGCUUGAUUUUCUGGUUCAUGAUAAUUUCAAACUACCGAAUAAAAUCCACAUCAAAUUUUUAGGGUUACCAUGGUUUUUACUUAGACAUAUACUUCCAAUAUUUAUUCCUUCUGAGAAGAAAUCAAAUCAUUUCAUGUUACAAAUUAAAUCACAGCUUCCAUCUCAUUGAAGUUGAUGAAAAAUAAACUACACUCUAUGGGCCAAAAGGUUUAGUUCUAAACACAAUUAGCAGUGUUUGUAUUCCAGACUCCACAUCUUUCUCGUUUGCAUCUUUUUCCCUUUUACAUUUAUCUUGUGGCUGUUACAAAUGCAGACUAUUCUAUGAAGCAUCCAGGUAUGCUCCUUCUUGUAG